UAAAACCGAUAAAAAAUUGAUUCGAACAACGCUAACGUCAAAUUAACAAUGGGUUCCGAAACUAUCCUCCAAAAUUUUGUCAACAAUGAAGUGUUCUGUGAUUGUGAUUGAUUGUUCCAUAUUUACACGUUAAAUUAAAUAAACAUCGAAAUUGAUAGUAUUAUUAAGAUAUCAGCAACUUUGUUCGAAGCAUAUUUAUUUAUUGUUACAAAAAAAUAUUUACUAUAAAUAUCUGGGCGUUGACAGUUAACCAAUAAUUGUAAUUAAUAUUCAGAACGUGAACUUACGAAUGUUGAUUUUUGUGAAAAACUGCAUCAAAUUUCUAAAUAAAUAAGAUGCUAUAAAGUACAAUACGAUGGAGGAGUCUAAUAACGAAACAUUGGACCUUUCGAGGCGUGGGUUGAAGAAAAUAGAGAAAGCGCCAGCCGAUGAUGGGAAAACUAUAAUAAAUUUGGUCCUGGACCAGAACGAGUUGCAACGGCUGGACAACCUGGACACGUACAGUCGCGUCGAAAACUUGUCAAUAUGCAACAACUUCCUGCUGCGGAUGCACAGUGUGUCACGCCUCACCAACGUCCGCAUUCUGGCCCUCAACAACAACGGCAUCCUGCAGAUUGAGGGGCUCAAAGAUCUGAUUUACCUUAAAGUGCUGAAAUUGGCUGGGAACAACAUCAAAUCAAUAGAGCACCUCAACCACAACAUGCACCUGGAACACCUAGAUUUGUCCAACAACCAGAUUUCCUUCAUCGCUGAUAUCAGCUAUUUGAAGAGUUUGAAGCAUCUAGCCCUCGAACGCAACCGCAUAAUAGACCUCCGGCAGUGCGACCGCUACCUCCCCACCAGCUUGGAGCACCUAGGGCUAGCCCACAACAACAUCCAGGACCUCAACGAGGUCUGCCAUCUGGUGCAUCUGACCAAGCUGGACAGCUUCACCGUGCAGGGGAACCCGUGUGUGGCGAUGGCGGGGAAAGAUAAGCUAGGGUUCGACUACCGCCCUUUUGUUUUGAACUGGAUCCUAAAUGUAAAGACCAUCGAUGGAUUCGUCGUUAGUGCUAUUGAAAGCUUAAAAGCGGAGUGGCUAUACAGCCAAGGUAAAGGCCGUCAUUAUCACUCCGGGCAACACCAGGAACUGUGCGAGUACCUGGCCUCCACGUGCCCCCUGACAGCCGAUGCGUUGGACACGGAGGACCAAAGGAAACUGCGCCUUAUACUGAGCAAGGCGCAGCAUCACCAACAGCAGCUAAAAGACCAAAACCACAGCCCUAUAAAGCCCAAGCUACAAUCCCCGAGAAUGCAAUCUCGAAUGACGCCUCGCCACAUGGGCCGUUCCCCCGACCGUCUGACUUCGAGUUACCAUUCAGCGUUGUCCAAAACGAACUCCCCUCAUUCAAUGUCGACGUCUUACACCGAGAUUCCCGCCGCUAUGAGCCAGAGCUUUGACUCGCCUGGCUUGUAUGAGAAGACUAAAGAGGAAAAGGAGAAAGAACUACCCACCAAACCAGUGAACCAAUCCCUCGAGGCCGCUUCAAAGAUGGUCCCCGUACCAGAGUCCCUAAUGAGUCCAGACUACCAAGACCCCAUGUACGACAUACAGCGAACCAUACCCAAACCGAACCCCAUAAACGUCUCCAACACGUCAAGCCCGUCCAGCAACAGCAGUCUACACGAAGACAGGCCGCACAGACAGAUAACACAACCUAAAGUUAUCAAUAAUAGUUUGAAAAAUUCCCCGAAACUACCGAAAAGUGCCACGUCUUCGCCCAAAAUGAAGGCGAAGAUGGAGCAGAGGAAAGGGAGUUUGAAGUUCGAGCCUAAGGAGAAGGUUAACGGUGUUUCUAAAGAUGAAAUUGAUCAGGAAAAGAUGGAGAUAAUAAAGCUAGCGUCAAACCAAAGAAGACAGAAAAAGAUGAGUGCAGAGUCCAUGGCAGCGGUGACUAUACAGAAGAUGUGGCGGGGCUAUAGAAGUAGGAACCUCAAUAAGGAUACGCUGAGGAUUCUACAUGCGAUACAGGCGGCGAGGGCGAGGCAGCAUAUACAAAGGCUAACCUGCGACAUGGAGGCCACGAAAGCGGCGCUGGACAGCGAGCGGAAAAUACAACAGCUGCAGAUGCAGGCGAUCAACGCGCUGUGGAAGAAAGUGUCCACUCUACAGAACACGGAGUGCAGCAAACCGGACGUUUUGAGGCAACUUACUGAAACCUGCUGCAGUUUGCAGCAACAGGUGGUGGAGCUGCAGGGCUGCAUGCAGCAAGUGCUGCGCUGCGUGCUGCCGCCCGCCGCCGCCCCGGCCGCCACACAAACUGACAUUAUCGCCGUACAUUCCCCACAGGAGGAGCGGUGCACGUGGCUCAAGCGGCCGCAGUCGCUCGCGCUCGGCCCGGCCGCGUCCGCGCCGCCUGCGCCCGCGCCGGCGCCGGCGCCGGCACCACCUCGCGACCACACCGAAACCGAACAAAAAACUAGCGAAGUUGAAAACCCAAGCAUCGAACAUACAGAAUCACUUAUUCAAGAAUCAGUAGAAGAGACAGAAAAACACGACACUAGCAAAAAGGAACUCAUCGUCGACUGA